UAGUUUUAUACUAUUACUUGUUUCGGAAAGCAAACGAUGCUUCUGGGAUUUCAUUUUUAUUUUCUCUUUCACCACCUAAUCUCAUCAACCCAUCAUCUCUCUCUUCAUUUUUUGAUUCAAAUAUUAAUUGGUCGUAUGUAUAAUAUUUAUACUAGUAUUCAUGAGAUACAGUAGAAAGUUCAACUUAAAUUGAACGCGCCAGCUUCAGAUAUUGAUUUUGGGACUCGCAUAUAUAUAUCAGAUAUUGAUUGGGACAAGGACAGGGACAGGGACAGUGAGCUUUGAAAAUUCAAGCCAAGGAUGACUCUUCCUUGCAUUGCUUUUCUAUCUGUGUGUUUCUCUAAAACUUAGUCUGUUGCUGUAAAAGAAAUUUCAGGUAUUAUCUGAUUCAGAACCCUUUUCUUGUGAAAUUUAAUUGCUUGGAAUGAGACUUGCGAUUCAAUUCUUCGUCAUAUUGUGUAUUUUCAAUCCAAUUUAUGCCUCUGCACAAUCUACUCAUCCUCAUGAAGUUGCGGCCUUAAAGUCGAUCAAAAGCAAACUGAUUGAUCCUAUGAAACACCUUGUUAACUGGAAAAAGGGAGAUCCCUGUACUUCUCACUGGAAUGGUGUUUUAUGCUUCCGUAAACUUCAGACAGACGGAUUUUUUCAUGUCCGAGAGAUUCAACUACUGAACAUGAAUCUCUCAGGAAUCUUGGCACCUGAAGUUGGCAACUUCACUCAUAUGCAGAUACUAGAUCUCAUGUGGAAUAAAUUAACUGGCACCAUUCCUAAGGAGAUAGGAAAUCUCUCAUCUUUGACACAUUUGCUUUUGAAUGGAAACCAAUUUUCAGGUUCUGUUCCUGAUGAACUUGGCUUUCUGGUAAAUCUAGACAGACUCCAACUAGAUGAAAAUAAUUUAUCUGGCGCAGUGCCCAAGUCCUUAGCCAACAUGGUCAAUGCUAAACACUUCCAUUUGAACAAUAACUCAUUUAGCGGCCUCCUUCCUCCUGAGUUUUCCCAAUUACCAAAAAUUGCUCACUUGUUGUUGGAUAACAAUAAUUUGUCUGGAAACCUCCCUCCUGAGUACUCAGCUUUAGCACAUCUGGAGAUACUCCAACUCGACAAUAAUCAUUUUGAUGGUGCUGAGAUUCCAAAAUCAUAUCAAAAUCUGUCCAGAUUGGUAAAGUUAAGUCUGAGAAACUGUAGCUUGGGUGGAGCAAUUCCUGAUCUAAGCCGGAUGCCAUAUCUUAGCUUUAUAGAUUUGAGUUGGAACAAGUUAACGGGACCAAUUCCUUCAAACAAGCUAUCAGACAGUGUCACUACAAUUAAUUUAUCGCAUAACAACCUGAACGGAUCAAUUCCAGAAAGUUUCUCCCUUCUUCCAGAUCUCCAGAUGUUGUGGCUUUUAAACAAUUCUAUCAAUGGCUCCAUCCCUACUGGCAUUUGGCACAACAAGUCCUUCAAUGCUACUGCUAGACUCUCUGUUGAUCUUCGAUACAAUUUGCUCUCCAACAUUUCUGGAGAUCUGAAUCCUCCACAGAAUGUGACCUUAAGGCUUCGGGGAAAUCCUGUGUGCAAUCGUGCAAACCUACAGAACAUACACCUUUUCUGUGAUUCUGAUGGUGGUGGAAACGGAACAUAUGAUGGCCGAACAACUCCGACAGCUUGCUAUAACACAUGCCCUGUUGAACAAUAUUUUGAACCCGUUCCAGAAGCUCCAGAGUGCUUUUGUGCAGCUCCUAUCAGGAUAGGAUACAGAUUAAAGAGUCCAAGUUUUACUUAUUUUCCUCCUUACAAAUUUUCUUUUGAGUCUUACAUCACCCACAACUUGAAAAUACACCACUAUCAGCUUUUAAUUGAUUCAUAUGCAUGGGAAGAGGGGCCUCGUCUGCGGAUGUAUUUGAAACUUUUCCCGGUUCUUGGCAGUAAUCAUACUUUCAAUGAAAGUGAGAUUUACCAUAUUAGACAUAUUUACACAACAUGGAAUUUUUCUGGAAGUGAUAUAUUUGGGCCAUAUGAGCUUCUGAACUUCACACUUUUGGGUCCUUACAGCUAUGUGAAUCUUGAGACUGGUAAGAAUGGCAUUAGUAAGAGUGUUUUGGCUGCCAUUAUGGUAGGGUUGAUUAUGUGUGUUACAAUUGCAUCCGUUCUUGCCACAAUUCUCAUUAUUAGAAGGAAAAGCAGAAGCCGGCAAUUAUCUAGAAAAAACAUGUCCUCAAAGAUUUCCAUGAAAAUCGAUGGUGUCAAAGAGUUUACCUUCCGAGAAUUGUUACAUGCCACCAAUCAUUUUAACAGCUCAGCUCAAGUUGGUCGAGGAGGAUAUGGAAAGGUUUAUAAAGGCAUUUUAGCCAAUGGCGGUGCAGUUGUGGCUGUUAAGCGAGCAGAGGAUGGAUCUCUGCAAGGAAAACAUGAAUUUCUUACAGAAAUACAAUUUUUAUCAAGGUUACAUCACCGUAAUUUAGUUUCAUUGGUUGGAUACUGUAGUGAAGCUGAUGAACAAGUGCUUGUCUAUGAGUAUAUGCCAAAUGGCACUUUAAGGGACUGGCUUUCAGGUAAAAGUGAGAGGACCCUCAAUUUUGUCAUGAGGUUACGGAUUGCAUUAGGAGCAGCCAGGGGCGUUCUUUACUUGCAUACAGAAGCAAACCCACCAAUAUUUCACAGGGAUAUUAAAGCCAGUAACAUACUUCUGGAUGCCAAUCUUACUACCAAAGUUGCUGAUUUUGGACUAUCACAUCUGGCUCCUGUAAUGGAUGAUGAAGGCAGUGUACCUCAUCAUAUAUCCACUAUCGUAAAGGGAACACCUGGAUACCUUGACCCAGAAUACUUCUUGACCCAUCAACUGACAGAUAAAAGCGAUGUGUACAGCCUGGGAGUUGUAUUUCUGGAGCUUCUCACAGGAGUACCACCAAUAUCACAUGGAAAAAAUCUUGUCCGUGAGGUUAAUGCAGCACAGAAGUCAGGGUCUUUAUUUGACAUUAUUGACAGCAAAAUGGGAGACUAUCCUUCUGAAUGUGUAGAAAGAUUUAUAGAGUUGGCUUUGAGGUGUUGUCAAGAUAAGCCAGAGAUGAGACCUUCCAUGUUGGAUGUGGUGAGGGAGCUCGAAAAUUUACUCCAAUUGGUUCCUGACAGUAUGAUCAUGUCCAAUACCUCCUCUUUGCAAUUCCGCAGCUCUUCUUCCACCACAACCACGUCCUUGACCAAUGUCUCCAAAUUUGCAAGAAUGUCCUCCGAUGUAUCAGGCAGUGAUCUUACUACCACGGUUCUGCCCACCAUUACACCACGCUAGUUUUGUGGACUUGUGUACUAACAUGGAAUUAUUGGCACUGUUUUCUAUUCCUUUUUUUUUUUUUUUUUUUUUGUCUUUUAGAAGAAACAAUAAACAAAGGUUAGAGAAAGUAGAACAUAAUGAAUAUUCAUGGUCUUUUGGGGGGGGGGGGGGUGGUUUCCAAUUGAACCAUUUCUCCUAAUUUAUAGCGUACUACAUUCAUAAUUCUACGUCUAAAUUUGUGAUGCGAUUUUGUUCAUUUCAUCUAUAGCCUAUACUUUGAUGGCUAAAAAUAUAAGUUGAAUAUUGGCAGCAUUAAGUAAAUGCAACCCAAUUUUA